ACUGAAACACACGCCCAUAAAUGCCACAGUAGAUCACAAACAGGCCUUGGGGGGGUUGGUGGAAAUGGCUAACCAGAUUUUAUGCUUCUCUGGUCUGACCUUGGGCAGGCUGAAGUCUCAGGAGUGAUGCCUUAGUUAAACCGCCCUUGUCCCUCUAAUUGCUCUUGCUAACUGAAGCCUCUAGCUAGCUGAGGCAGAAACAAGGGAGGGAUGUGCUUUAGUUCUGUUGAAUCAGCUUUGUAUGUGCAUGCCGUCCGGAUCAGGAGGAAUGCAUGUGCUUCUUUGGUGUUCCUAGGGGAAGCACAGACAACAAGGAUUGCUACUGUUUGGACCACAGCUUUGGUAUUCUGCCCAUGAUGCAUUUGAGCCUCGUUGUUCUAAACACAGACCUGGAAGUGAAAGUAGUCCCAUGUCACAACAAGCAGAAGGCGAUGGCUAAGGACAGGAGUGCACAUGAAACAGCCAGUUCACUCUUCCAGCGCUCUGUAAAGGUGUGAAUGGGCCUGAAGGAACUAUAACAUCAGCUGGAUCAGAUUAUUCAGCGCUGCAGUAGGUCAAACUAGACUCCUCACUCCCACAUUCUAAUGAGGCCACGGCGAUGCUGACAUCCCCUCUGAAUCCAAAGACAUCAUCAUGCUGAAGACGGAGGCCUCGGGGGAGAGGACCAGCCUCCGGAGUGCCUCCCCCCACCGUAAUGCCUACCGGGCUGAGUUUCAGGCACUCAAAAAGGCCUUUGACCAGCCUCGGAUUGAUGGAGACUCCAAGCCCAAAGACCUCGAACGGGUGAAACAACCGAGGGGCCGCCAAUAUGGCAGCCAUGUUAGUCGCAUUAAGGACAUGUUCAUGCAGAUGGGCUCUGAAAAUACCUCAGCUAAGGCCAAGGGUUGUGAUGAUACCUCGCCGCAAAAGCUGGUCAAGCCCACUAACUUCAUCAACAAGGCUGAUGGAUCAGUGAUAAAACUCCAGCAUUCCUCAUCAACUGACAGGAUUGGAGGUGCUGGAGCAAAGUUCUCUGAAACCAGGAAGCUGUUUGAGCAGCAGUCACGUGACCAGUCCCAAUCACCAGUCUUUCCGUACGGACGGGAUAAAAGAGGUUCCCAUGAGCACCUCGAUGACUGGCGAGGUGCACGGUCUAAUAGAGGCAGUACAGACUCUUUGGACUCGCUUUGCUCCAGAACAGAGGCGUCCUCGCCAACUGUCAGUCAACUCAGUGCUGUUUUUGAAAACGCAGACCACAACAACCAAGGUGCGGCCUACAGAGGAGUUAGCAGACGGGCCCUCUACUCACCAGACGGAUUCCAACGCCACGGAGGGGACCUCAGCGAGGAUGACUCACGACAAUCUCCAGUUCGUGGAAACAACCGGAGCAAGAUAGGGGAAAAGUUUCCCACAUCCUCGUCUUCUGAGGACCUUCUAAGCCCCAGUCCUGGGACAGAGACUUCGGAGCUGAAACCCUUACAACAAGGGGAGGAAGCCCAAGACAAAGCUGAAACUACGGGUGGAGAUAGACGGUGUCUUCCUGGGGUCACCACCAAUGGAAGCCAGGUUAAUGGUUCUUAUGUAGAAGAAGAGAAACGUUCAGAAACAAGAAAAUAUAGUGAGGAUCUAGGGGUGUCCAAAGAUGACAAAGCUUUUGAGGAUGCAACCCCUGAGCCAUUGCCGACCCCAACUACACCAGCUGGGGUCAGCCAGGAGGAUGUUGAUGGUUCAAGAGAAGAUAAGCAAUCUGAAUCUCCCAAGGACCAGGUGGAAGAACCUGAUGAGGAAUACACUGGGAAUGAGCGGGUGAUUUUUAACGCAGAUGGGGAUGCCUGUUACCAGGGUUGGGGGGAAAGCUGCACAGAUCCUGAGGAUGACCUCUACGGAGACGAUGAGGACAUUGUCUACGACCCAGGCUCUGACCUGACAGAGAUUCCUGGUCUACCACAAGAAAACAAAGAGGACAUCCCUCCAAAGAGGAAGAUUCGCUUCAGCACUUCUCCCAUUACAGUGUUCAACACCUACUCCAAUGAGGACUACGACCGACGUAACGAAGAGGUGGAUCCUGUGGCCUCCUCCGCAGAGUAUGAGCUGGAGAAGAGGGUGGAGAAACUGGAGCUCUUCCCUGUGGAGCUGGAGAAAGACGACGACGGCCUGGGGAUCAGUAUCAUCGGGAUGGGCGUCGGUGCUGACGCAGGCCUGGAGAAGCUGGGCAUCUUCGUCAAGACCGUCAUUGAGGGCGGAGCUGCUGAGAGAGACGGCCGGAUCAAGGUGAAUGACCAGAUCGUGGAGGUGGAUGGGACCAGUCUGGUGGGUGUCACACAGAGCUUCGCUGCCUCCGUCCUCAGGAACACAUCAGGAGUGGUCAGGUUUGUGAUUGGCCGAGAGCGUCCGGGCCAGCAGAGUGAGGUGGCCACACUCAUCCAGCAGACCCUGGAUCAAGAGAGGAGACAGAGAGAGCUGCUGGAGCAGCAGUACGCCCAGUACGACGCAGAUGAUGACGAGCAGACAGGAGAGUACGCCACAGAUGAGGAGGAGGCGGGGACAACGGUGGCAGGAGGGGAGAAGAGCAUCGAGGUGUUUGACUUGCCUGAGACGGAGGAGAUCUUGUCUCCCUCGGAGUUAGACGCCAACAAACUCUACCAGAAGUUCAGAGAGCUCCAGAUCAAACACACAGUGACCGAGGCCGAGAUCCAGAAACUCAAAAACAAGCUGGCGUCAGUGGAGAGGGAGAAGCAGCGUUGGGAGAAGGAGAAGAGCCAGCUGAAGGCCAGCAUCGAGGAGAACAAGGAGAGGAUGCUGAAGCUGGAGAGCUACUGGAUCGAAGCUCAGACCCUCUGCCACACGGUCAACGAACACCUGAAGGAGGCCCAGGCGCAGUACCAAACUCUGGAGAAAAAGUACAACAAAGCCAAGAAACUCAUCAAAGACUUCCAGCAGAAAGAGGUGGAGUUUAUCCAGAAGGAGGAUGCAGAGAGGAAGCGGCUGGAGGAGGCUGAGAAAGCUCACCUGGCUGAAAUCCAGGGACUGCAAGUCAGGAUUGCAACAUUAGAGUCCGAGCUGAUGCAGCUGAUGAAGCAGAACGGCAUCCAGGUCAACAACAACAACAGCAACAGUGCCGAGAGGCUGAGCGCUCAGCAGUACAGUCCUAGAAGGGCUGCAGCACAAGCCAGAGACUUGAGGGAGUGCUCUCCUCAUUCACCGAGCAAAAAGAAGAACUGCAGAGGAGUGGCCCGAGACAGCAUCAGCUCCACCGAGGGAGAGGUCUCAGAGGGGCACAGCAGUCCAGCACACAGCCGUUCUGGUUCGAUUCGUAGCGUGGCCUCCUGUGAUGCAGGAGCUGCGAUCCUCAGGGCCCCUGACAGUGCAGAGAGUUCCCCCAGACGAAUACUGCACCCGCCUUCCACCACAGGAGCCCUCCAGGAUGGUUCUCAGUCUCCUGCAAUGUCAAGCCCUUCUCACAGUCUGGAGGAACACAGACAAGCUCUGGACCCUGACUCCACAGAGCCAUCAGCAGAGGACAGUCUAGAGCAACUCAAGGCCAAGGGACCCACUUUGAACGAUGAUCUGAGUGCCAGCAGCAGCAGCUCAGUGGAGAUCAGCGGGCUGAUGAGUGAAGCCAAGAUGUCGGGACGCUCACACACCCUGGUGCUCUCCUCAGACGAGAGUCUGGAUAUGAUAGAUGAUGAGAUCCUGGAUGAGGGUCAGUUUUCGAAGCAGUAUCAGUGGCAGAACUGCAGCAUCACAGAGUGGACCUCCCAGCAAGUGGCCCGCUGGCUCAUGGGCCUCAACCUAGAACACCAUAUCCCAGAAUUCACAGCCCAAAAUAUAGAUGGAGAACAGCUGCUACUGCUGGAGAGCCCUGAGCUCAAAGCUCUUGGAGUUACUUCUUCCCAGGACCGUGCCCUGAUCAAGAAAAAGAUCAAAGACCUUAAAGUUCUGAUGGAGAAGGCCAAGAGAAACCGAGAGAAGGUGGAGAAACAGCGCGAGAAGCUACGGAAGAGAGAGCUGGAGCAGCAGCAGAAAGAGGCGCGCAAAGAAAGCGCAGCAGAGUGAAGUGAAUUGUUAGAUCACCUCCCGCUUUACUGUAGCACCACACUAAGUAGCAUCACGAGGAGCAGAACGUCAGUAGGCCCCACAAACGAACCCUGAGGGACGCCUUCUCAGUAGUUCCAUAGUUCUCAGUGGUGGAGCUACACACCCAUCUGUCGGAGAUUGUUCAAUUACUUUUUCACCAAGUAAAUAAAACCAAAAUGAGCAGUUGGAUAAUAGGAUGCUGCCUGACUUAUUUGCCUCAUUUUACACCCAUCCUUUGUUUUUAGCCAUUUAAGAAUUUACUCAGUUCUAUUUAUUUAGCUGUUUAUUGCUGUAAAUCGGGUUUAUUUAUUCAUAUCCAGAUUAAGUCUGUGAAACGUGCACCUCAUCCUCAUCCCAUAUCAUCUUCAGAGCCGUCUAUGUUACCCAUCACAGCACCUUUAGACAUGAUGACCAUGUACAUGUACAGUGAUAAAGACAGAUACAAAUAUGUCUGACGUGCCAUUUUGAUAGACUUGUGUAUAUCCUGUUCAGAUACAUAGAUCAGUGGAAUCGCUCUAUUGCUUUGAUGAAGCACAUGCAGGUCAGCCCUGUGUGGUAGAAUAUAUGAGGCAGUAUUCAUCUCCCGCCACUGGAUGUCCCCAUGCUGCAUACUGUCACUACUGAAAAAGGCAACACUGGAACUGAAGAGGGAGAAACAAACUCUCUCAAUACAAGAACACUGGAAGACUGUAAAUUUAAUCUCUGUACUGACUUGUCCAAUGCUACUUACAGUAAACAUGUACCAUACUAAAGCAGUUCAAGUGUGAAUGAAGACAAGGACAUACUGAACUCACUGGACUGGUUCUAACGGAGACUUCAGGUACAAUAUAGUCAUGAAAUUUGUAACUUACCAAACCCGUACCACGAAAAAAAAAAAAAAAAAGUUAAAAUGAAACUGCUUAUAUGCAUAAUGUUGCUUUGACUCUGCUUGUAACCUGCUUUUGAGCUCUUUUUAUAUUCUCUCUCAAUAACAAAGUAAUGCCCCGCCGCUGCCUUUAGAAAUUCUAGAGUAGUAGAAUUUUUCUGAACUCUACCCGCUUCUGUGUGAGUGUCAAAACACAUACAGUGGACUAAACAUUUCUAAUUGUUAUUUUUUUCUUGACAAAGUUCACCAUGCAAAUUACUUUGGAAUAAUAUUUAGGAAUGCUGCCAUAUAGAGGGACAGAUGCAGUGGGUCCAGAAAUUGUCUUAAAGAUUAUUGUACCUGAUACUACUGAUCUUACACUGGAAAUUGCACUGCAAUACAGUUUUGAUUUUCUUACGAAACCAGUUCAGUAAGACUUAAAACAUUUUGAUUUGCUUGUUAGAUUUAAAAAAAUAUAUAUAUAUACCUUUGAAAUUAUUUUGACAUGUAUUUUAUGCAAUUCUUGUUUUAGGAUUUAUGAAGCUCACUGAGAGACAUGUUCCCUGUGUUACUUCUUUGUCAUUCCCGAGGAUCAUUCCGUAGGUUUACAUUAAAUAUAGAGACGCCAGUGUCACCGUGAUAGAAAUGAAGGCAGCUUUGGUUAUGAUUCCCUUUUGUCUUUGACCUGCCUGGUGCACUGUUAACAGGUUAAGAACAAGAAGAAUAGUAGGAGUUACAGAUACCUCCAAGCAAUGCCACAGUAAUACAGGUAUCACUGAUCUGUUAAUGUUAUUAUUUAUUUAUUUCUGUAUUUAAUGAAGGAACUGACUACUGUUUAUGAUAACUUAUACAAAAUAAGAGUAUUAUUAACACCUAAUAAUGAUUUAUCCAGAAUUGUAUGAUUACUUCCUAUUGCCAAAACAUAAUUAAAAGUGAUUUAGAUUCAAGUGGUUGUCAAAUGAAGGAUUUUAAGAAAACAGUAGUAUUCUCCCAUCGUGCUUGUGGUUUUCCUCUAACACAACCAUAGUGCUGCUCCAGUGCUGCUCAUGAUGUGUUCUUAUGAAACAUUUUGUAACACUUGAACCUUUCUGUGAAUUCCCCCCUCCUCCCUUGUCAAGCCAGUCAGCCGACUGCACUCUUUUGACUCUUUUGUAUGUAUAGUAAAACACUGAGAGCAAUACGCUGUAAGAAUCCUAAAGAAGCCUUGUUUUCUAUUGUGUCAGUGUGUGUGCACAGUUUGUCUGAGGGCUGAGGAGGCUAAAAGGUCAGACCUGAGGCAGAAAUGUGAUUCUGGAUCUUUUCUAUGUGUUUGACUGAGCUUGCCUGGCAUGAUGAAACCAACGUAUGGAUGAGACCCUGGUGCUCCACGGCAGGCGAAAAAACACUGACGUUUGAGUCAUGUCUGGAAGGGUUUGUCUUUCAUGUACGUAAAGAGCAAAAGAUAAUCACCACAAACUGCUAGCCAUGCUUUCACUCUUUUAAAAAAAGCUGUGCUUACUCUCCUCCCCCUUUUUUUGUCAUUACUUUGCUCUCUUUUUGGCAUUCUGAAAAGUUUGAAAGGGCAGCUAUCUGUCACACUGAAUAAAAUGUGCAGUCACUGUC